GGGGUUGUUCUACUCCCCUUGGAAAUCAUUCUUUCUGGCGCUGCUCGGUAUUCAACUUGAAUCAAGAACGAAUUGACGAGACUGUUCGACACGACGACUAUUCAUUCGCUUUACCCUUCCUUCGCUGUAAACAAAACAACAAACACCGCGAGUGUUGAGCUCAAAGGGACACUUUUUAAGGACGGACUACGGAAUACGAUUCGAAAUGGAUUACUCUCCUGCAUUCUCGGUUACCAGCGACAUGACGGAUGAAGAGCUGGACCAGUACUUUGCGAGCUACGUUCCGCUCUCGAACCUUCCGACUCCACCGCCAGCAAAAGAGCACACCGUCGCUUCCCUACCAACACCAUCAUCACCAUCUCAAAAUCUCGAUCUCUCUUCCGAGCUGCAAGCACAUGCAACGCAUCUUGCCAAUCUUGUCCCGCGCAACGUCUCCACCGCCCAGCCAUGUGUGUCCGUCAUCCGCGGGUUUCUUGAAAGAGCUUGCUUGCCAGAUGAAAUCAUCGCGUUUGCAGCAUGCAUCCUGGACGCACUAUCCGACCGCUUUGCCUCCACAUGGAGAGACUCGCUCCUUCCGUCAAACUAUGCCCGCAACCUCAAAAUCUUCCUGCAAACAGACACAAGGCUCAACACAUCCGUCACCCCCGAUGUCAUCGUCCUCGCAGCUCUAGCCCUUGCCCAUGAUUUUCUAGUCGACUGGCUGCGCUCAUCCAAGCACUGGGCAGUGCGAGAAGGCAGCGCGCAAUUCACAGUCCAGGAGAUCGAGGCCACAAAGAGAGCAAUUCUGCAAGACAUGAAUUACGGCCUUUUCCGCAUCUCGAACGACAUGGUACAGCGAAUGCUGCAGGACAUGCAACGUGGGUCGUCCACAAUAGUGUUGAGGAAAGAAGAAAUGAAGGUGGACCGGAGACGUAAUCUUUCGCUUAGUUUUGCCGGCACGGCGAAGUGGAGUUUUGGUCUCCAGACUCCGGAGCUGAGUCCGUGAUGCACGUCUCGCCCCUCAACUCUUUUGCACUUCUCGACAUGGCGCGCGCAUUGGUCUUGGCGAUGUCGUCUGCAUAACGUUUUCUUUACGAUACCCUUGUUUUUCUUCGUCGUCAGGUUAUGCAUGGUUUUUCUACGUGUAAUGGAGUUAUCGGCACGGCGUGGCAUGGCAUGGCGCUUUUCGGGAGGCGAAUUUUGAGCUACAGCGGGCUUGCUGGGAAGCAUAGAUGUUUAUCUGUUGUAAUGUGUCCGUCCGACAUUUCGAUUCUUUCUUAGCUUUUUCACGAUACCCUGUUAGGAUAUGGAGAGAUUCGACGUCGAAUGUAUUGUCACGAAUGUGGUGUAGAAGAAAGUUCUGAUCUGGUACAUACUUCCACCAAAAUAAGAAAGUUGAUAAUAAUAUCUCAUCACCAC